ACAAUGAGCAGUUCUCGUCUCGUCUCCGAGGAGGCACAUAUUGAACCACUCUCUCUCUCCACAAAGAAGAAAUAAAGGAGUCACCAUGAAGCUGCUGGUGUUGAUGAUGUGUCUGCUGGUCUCUGCCUUGGCUGCACCAGCUCCACAGAGUGAAAGCAACGAGCAGGUUGCAGCUCAUGCAGCUCAUGCUAACGAGGCCCUGAGGUGGAUGGAGAUGUACAGGCUCUACCAGCAGCAGAAACUAGUUAGCAACCCCUUCCUUCCUGCGUCUCAUGCACCUGCUGAUCCAGCCGAGGCAGCGGUGGUGAAUGCUGCGCCCGCCGACGUGCCCCCCGCUGCUCCCAGAGCUGCGGAAGAUGCCUCAGAAGAGGAGGCCGAGGAUGGGCACGCGUCCCCCAGAGCGGCUGCCGCCGCCGCCCCCCUGAACUCUGACGAGGCCGAGGAGGCCGAGGAGGCCGAAGCGGUGGAGCCGGCGGUGGCUGAAGCAGCAGCAGCAGCAGUGGAGCCAGCAGCCACAGCAGCCACAGCAGCCCAGCCUGCAGCUGUGGGGCCAGCUGGGGGUGAUGUCCCUGUAGUGGCUGCCGCUGUGGACGCGCCUGUGGAUGUGGCCUCCGUGGACACUGCCCCCGCGGCCCCCGAGGCUGUUGAUGUCGCGGCCCCCGUGGCCCCCGCAGCCCCCGAGGCUGUUGAUGUCGCGGCUCCCGCUGGCGCUGCUGCUCCUGAUGCUGCCGCUGAGGGCGGCGCAGCUGGAGCGGCAGCGGAUCCUGCUCCAGUCUAGCCGCCGUCCGCUCGUUACUGACCCGGACGGGUCUCUAUGCACCACAAAACAACACGACACGAUGAAAAAGACUGGUAGAGAAUGUUCUGUAAUGCAGCGAUGUGUACACUGUCCAGAAAAGGACUAAUAGGUCUGUCUGUCUGUCUGUGUUGUCUAUUGGCAUCCUAACAUCAUAUAUAUAAAAAAAUAUGUUUCCAAACCCAUUGAUAACAUGAGGAAAUUAUACUGAAGCCAGUUUACCUGUUAUUGCUUUAUAAAACUGUCAGCAUUGUGUCUUUUUCUUUUUGUUAACCAUGAGUAAAGGUUGCCCUCAUUGCCUUUGUCACUGGUGUUCUUUCACAUUGUUUCAGAAUGAUUCAAGUGCAAAAUAAAAGUGCAUUUCACCCCAA